AUGAUAGUAUCUGCUCCGGUCCAGCUGCUAUGGCUUCAUGCGGUUCUGUCUGACACUCCUUUGUCGCUGAGUGCUUCGACAAGAUAUCUUCGGUCCAUAACAGCGAUGCAGUGGCUGCAAUUUAUCGCCACCAUCCUGUCAUUCUGUCUCGUUGAAGAGACCAUAGAGCUCGCCAUCGACGAGAGUCUGAAAUUGUUCAUAGGCCACGAAGAUUUGAGUGGUGACAUUAACACAAGUGAAGCAAGGUCAGUGGUUCGUAUAAUCAUGGCCCACUACGCUGUAUCAAAAGCUGUGAAGCUCGUACUAUGGGUCCCAGCUACUGUUGCGGCUGUGCAAGCGGCUCCUGAUAUCCAUAGAGGAGGACGUGGUCAAGUCACAAACGAGUUCUGUGCCAGCAUGGUUGAUUGCAUGAAAUCUAUACCACUGUCGUUGUGGGUCAGGUGUGGCAUCUACUACAGUGUUGCAGCGGCUAUUGGGGUCUUGACAAAGGUGGUCGACGGUGCAUUCGUUGUGCAUGUCAAAUUAGGUGGUGAAAAGACGUCACAGCUUAGUGAUCUUGAGUCGUCGAAGUAG